AAAAGCAUCCCAACACAAACGCCCUGAGCACAGAGACUAGAGCAUGCAGCCAGCGAAAACCUGAAAUAUUGAAAUACAAAUCGUGAAUUAUUGAAAUAUUCUUUUUCAUUUUAUUGACAAUAAAGCAUGCUGAAUCGAAAAGUGAAAGACUGAUUGUGCUAUCACAAGCUGGUGAACCAAGGAGAGUCACGGAGUGCACAAGAAGAGACUCUAUGUAAAAAGCACAGCAAAAGACGCAGGAGGAAUACCUGAGCCCUCAGACAGAAGAGGCAUGAAUUUAAAUGACUUUGUGGUGCUUCCUUACAACAAGGCCAAAUCCAUCAAGCUCAAUGCCAGGAACCUGCAAGAUCUGCAGAUGGAGACAGUGACUCUGGCGAAGGAGAGCAAAGAGAUGGAGGAGAAACUGCAACAGCUGAAAGAGAGCAUGCGUAAAGAGAAGGAGGAGAGAAAGCAAUCUGGAGGAUUUAUUUGGAAGUCUGGACAAUGCGGUUCUUUAAACAGCAGUGUUCUAACAAACAGCACCACAAAAAACAAGGCGAACAGACUACAAAAGCUGACAGCAGGCAAGUUGAAGAUCCGAGUGCUGAAGGAUGAACCACUGACAGCCCCACCUCAGCCACUGCCUCCACCUCCACCCCCUACCACCGGUCUUCGGACGACAAGAAAAAACAGGUUGAGGGGACCAAACUGUGGACAAUGUGAAGUCAAGACUGCUGGACUGAUGUGUGCUGAAUGCACAGAGGACUACUGCAUUGGCUGCUUUACCAAAUUCCACCAGAAGGGGGCACUAAAGCUCCACAGAAUGAUCCCCAUUCAGACAGACUUACAGACCCACGUGAGCGCUCGAGAUGUUGGCAGCUACUUCCAGAGACAUAAUAACCCUGGCUCCCAUCCCAGUGCCAUUACAAAUCCUAUUCCUAGUCCCAAUUCCAAAGGAGAUCAGUGCCCAGAAACAGGAACAGCGGCUGUGGCUAAAUCUAUGCAAUUGCACCCUGAUCCCAGCCAGGUGUUGGCUGUGAAUCAUGGAGAGGAGAAAAAGGUGGAAAUGUGUGAAGAGGGGCCAAAAAAGGAGGAUGAGAGGGGAUUUCCCACCUCUCUUUUUAGAGGAGAAUACAAUGAGGAGGAGUCUGUGAGAUCUUUCCAGGAGGCUCUCAGACAGUGGAGAGGAGAGAAGAGUGAUGGAGCAGGAAAACCCAUGAGUGAGGAUGCGAUGUGGACACCUUUCCGACCAGUAUCAGUGUCAGCUAUGGCGACCCAGACUGACCUCACUCCAGACAGAGGAGCUGAAGGACGAGGAAGAGAAGGAGGAGAAGGGAGGGUACCUGUCAGGGUGGAGUUCACAGAAAACAGCCUUACCUACGUGGACAGAUUGCUUCUCAAGAAGCACCGCAGAACACCAAUCGAAACAUACUUGUUGGCCUUUGGUACAGAUUCAAAAUCACUACCUAACACAAACACUGAGGAGGAGACUACAAGCAGCCUAACAGCUCAGGAGGAGGAUUUUCGUCGCUACUGUGCAUCAUUGUUUGCAGUCCCUGUCAGCAGGGACAGGACUGACCCUCAGAUUCCUACACCUGAAUCGUGCCUCAUCAUAGAAGUCCUGGAUGAGAGAGACAGAGACAUCAAUGGAGUUUUUGUUUCUGAACAAAGGACAGACAACAACAGAAAGGUUCCCUCUGUUCAGCAGGUCCCCAGUAAGGGAAGAACACUGGUGCCCCUAACAGCCUUAACCAGUGGUGGGUCCUCAAGAGUCAGCCGCUCUUCUUCGAGUCCAACACAACCAUCCAGGCAGUCUAGAGCACCAGCACAACCGAAAGCAGCUCAAAAGCUCCAUCUAUCUAAGCCUCAGACUUCACAAGCAGAGCACUCAAUGAGAUCUUUGUCCUCUAAAAUCAAGCCAUCAGCAUGCCCCACUGCUGAGACUCCAAGGUCUUCAAAGACAUCAAUCAAGACACCAACCUCAACGUCACAAAAGCCUGAUUGCUCCCCAACUGUACAUAAAUCAAUACCUGACCAUGGAUCAUCACAACUUUUGUCCUGUCCCUCAUUACCACAUUCCCAAACUGAGAUCUCUAAAUCCUCACACGCCUCUCCUUUGGCUAGCACUAGACCCCCAAUCCCAGAAGAGCAUCUCUCCCCUUCUCCAUCCAUAUCCUUCUCUCUUAGGUCUACAUUCACAGUCUCACCAUCAAGCUCCACUGAGUCAGCCUUAUUGCCCAAAGUUUACCAAUCAACCCCAUUACAAAAAGCCUCAACAUCAUCUCUGUUACAAGAACAACGCCAAUCUUCCUCAUCACUGAAGCUUUCCCAGUCAGCCCCAAGCAAUCUGGAGUCCCCAAGGCAAUCUCAACAUUCCCUCUGUGACCCAGAGUCUCUCCUAUCAGAUAAUGAACUCCAGCUGCCUCUGUCACCUGUGUCUUCCAGUCCAAACCCACCACUGAAAAAUCUGGAGCCAAGUUCACCUGUAAAAACCCUGUCCAGUUCAUCUCUAUUUAACGAGUCCCCUUCAGAUGCAUAUUCUAUACAUAGGUCAACUCCAACACAUGAGGAUGCUCCACUUUUUAUGUCCACUACCCCCAUCUCUGGUGACCAUGAAUCAACUCGUUUACAUCAAGAUACGCAGUGUAUCCCAUCACAUUUCUUAAAUGUCAUCCAUAAUCCUCCUUUAGCUGUGAAAAUGGAAGAGGAGCUAUCAAUAGACAGUGGAGAUGAAAUGUCCAGUGAUAGCCUGGAUCUGGUUCCACAUGAGGAAGAGUCUUCAGACCAAGAAGCACAGGUGCACGGAUGUUUAACGAGUCCUACCAAAUCUCAUCAAGAAGAUUCCUUUGUUCCUGUAGAUGCAGAAAGAGAAAAAGAUGUGCAGACUGAUGAGCAAGAACAGCUGUCAGAACCGACCAUGGUGAUGCACAAGCAGAGCGCUGGGUCUGGAUCAGAGCAGUUCUGUGAUCUGGAUGCGUUUCCCCCUCUGGGUUUUGACAUGAAUUCUGGUCUCUCCGACACACCAGAACACACACACUGUGACUCACUGCACACAAGGCAAACUUCACCAUAUGAUUCAGAGCCAACAGGGUCAGAGGAUUAUGGGCCAAGCAGUAGCCUCGUUGCCUACACUGAGGAAAACCUGAUUUUCAGAAUGAUGAAGGACAACCACACACAGCCAACUGGAAUUCAGAUUCACUCAACCACACCCAUCGGGAGAGGAGAAAUAUCAGCAAAUGAACUAGGAACAUCUGGGUCAGGGUCUAACCCGUCUGACAAGUCCACACCAACUCUGUCUCACCUUCUAAGGAGGGUGCCUGUUGCCUGCAGCCUGUCCCAUCCCACGUUGGGCUCAGAAUCAGCGUUUCGUCCGUUGUCCCGGGCAGCCCAGGAGAUCAUGGAAAUCUGUAGUGUGGACCAGAAAGGCUGUGAGGACCCUGACCUUGACACUGACACAACUGCACACACACUCCACGGUCUGGAGCAGGAACUCAGACUCAUGGCCAAUGAAACAGGGAAGCAGGCUACAGUAUUUGGUACAGGAAACAGUGGAAGUCAAGAUCAACACGGAUAUCAUUGUUUCACACGGGGCAGAGUCAGCGAGGAACAAAAGGAUGAGGAGGCGGCUGCACAGAGAGACCGGCAGAGUGUCAUCUUACUACCCUGAGAUAUUUACACACCUAAACACACACACCUGCUUGUUAAAUAAGGCAAAAUAAGAAGUCAUGCACACAUAGAUACAUUAGAUUAUUUUAUGAGAGAAUAGCACAAGCAAAACCACACAAUGGCUGUAAUUUAAAUUGUGUUCACGUGGUGCAGAUGCCCCAAGGCUAAAUCUGCAUUACCUCUUGUGCAAAUAGAUGAAAAUAAAAAAUAAUAAAAUAUAAAUGCUUUAUUAAAACAUUGCUGGAUAUUGAUUUAAUGCUG